AAGACAUGACGACCCCAGAGUGGAGGUCCCCCUCUCUCCAGCCAUGCUUAGGACUGUGUGUGGAACCGAAGACCUCUCCCAGAUCAGCUGCCUGGAGAUCUGUGUGGACACGAGGGAGAACACACUGGGGAACAUUGGUGCCUGCUUGCCCGGGCUGGUGGAGCUGAGGCUGAACAACAGCGCGAUGGCGUCGGUGCGCGACCUGGGCAGCACCCUGGCCCACCUUCAGGUGUUGAGGCUGUCCCGCUGCUGCCUCCAGGACCUUGACGGCGUCAUCCCCUUCACCCACCUCAAGGAGCUGUACCUGGCCUACAACAGCGUGUCCGACCUGAGCCAGCUCAGCAUGCUGGACCAGCUGCAGGUCCUGGACGUGGAGGGGAACGACGUAGACGACUUGGUGCAGGUUCAGAACCUGGCCUUCUGCAGCCAGCUCCACACCCUCAGCCUGCAGGGGAACCCGGUGUGUGUGCGGCCACACCCCGGCGCCAGCCAGGGCUCUGAGUACAGCUAUCGGGUAGCAGUGAGGGAAUUGGUCCCUCAGCUGCGUUACCUUGACGAUGUGAGGGUGGAGGAGGAGGGGCCCGGCAGCAUCAGCAGCACCAUGGGAGAAGAGUGGGCUGUGGUUCGUGACGCAAUAAGAGACCGCAACUCCACACAGACUGCUGCUCAGGAUGCAGCACCAGCAGAGGAGGAGGGGGGGGCGUGGCCGCAAAGCAGACCCAGCCCCAGACUCCCUGGCUGCACCCGGACGAUGACAUCACCGCUCCGUAGACCCACGACAUCACCCAGCCCCGUUGCUAUGACAUCACCGCUCCGUUCACCCAUGACUUCCCCCAGCUCCAGGACGAUGACGUCACCCAGCUCCAGACCGAUGACAUCACCCAUCUCCAGACCGAUGACAUCACCGCUCCGUUCACCCAUGACUUCACCCAGCUCCAGGACGAUGACAUCACCCAGCUCCAGGACGAUGACAUCACCCAGCUCCAGGACGAUGACAUCACCCAGCUCCAGGACGAUGACAUCACCCAUCUCCAGACCGACGACGUCACCAUUUUCCAGAGCGAUGACGUCACCCAGCUCCAGACCCAUGUCAUCACCAUGCUCUAGCACGAGCCCCAGACCAGUGUCCUCGCUCGGUAUCAGGCCUUUCUCUGCAGGCUCAGACCCGUCUGAGGGGGGCGAUGCCGGGGCCAGCUCCCUCACACAUGGAGCUGGGAACAUCUUGUUCUGUGGGAACCCGGUGCAGGCGCUGCGAGCCCGGCGAGAGAACCUGAGAGUACGGGCAGUGGACCAGAGUCACUCUAAACACAUCACCACCAGGAACCCCACCACCAUGGCACUGACGGCCCCCAGCUCCCCAUGUGGCCCCCCAGGCCGCCUGCCCCUCCAUGUCUCUGAGCCCCCGUCUGACCCGGGGGAGCCCAGACCAGAGGGCCCCGGAGUGGGGGACCGCAGCGACGUGUUAGAGGACCUCCGGGCCUGGAGGAGGCAGCACGCCAAACGUCUCCAGCUCAUAGAGAAGGACAGGCAACCAGAGGUGCUGAAAGUAAACCACAGUGACGAAGAUUGCGAUGACGACGAAGAGGAAGAUGAUGACGACGAUGACGACGAUGACCUUGGCGUUUCAAACGACGACGAGAGCAGCGAGGAGUGCGAGGCAGAUGAAGAGGAACGGAGGGAUAAGGGACGGCAGCCUGCCUCUCCAGACUCCUCCUUCGUCUCCCUCUCUCCAGACUCCCCCUCCGUCUCCCUCCUUCCGAACUCCCGUCCUGUCUCCCUCUGUGCAGACUCCCCCAUGGUCUCCCUCUCUCCGGACUCCGCCUCCGCCUCCCUCUCUCCAGACCAGCCACAGAAUGAGGCGGACAGGCCUCGGCUCCUCUCCCCCUUGACUACUCCUUCUCCUCCUCCUCCUCCUCCUCCUCCUCCUCGGGGCCCCUCCCCGGUUGCCCCGGCGACCCGCAGGCCGUCCGGGCUCCGAACACAGAGACGGAGGCUCCUCCCUGUCACGGGAGGGACCCUGGGAGUCUCGGAGGACCGCCGGCAGCAGGAGCAGCCUCUAGUGGGGGCAGGGACCCCCAGGAGAGACCCAGGGCAGUGUGCUACGAGGGCCCCGGAGCAGGGGCCCCUGAGGCCCCUGACAGAACCGGGACACCCGACCAGCCGGUCCGGGGCUACAAGGCACCAGUGCAAAGUAAUGGAUAUAUCAACGGUCCCACCCGCAACCGCAAGACCCCCGGACGGACCAGACAGUACCGGGGGAAAAACAGCAAACGCCGCGCUACAGAAUCAGCUCCAGCGUUACGCACUCAAGCCCAGCAGGGGGAGCCCUCCCCUAGACUGAUGAGCUCAGGAUUUGCCCUGGCCGUCGGGCACUUUGUGGCCCAUCCGUGGUGGUCGCUAUGUCGAACCUCUGCUUCACCUGCUGCAACAGCAACCACGGCAAUACGAUUGUUUCGAACGUCUUUCUACCGUGUCUGCUUCUAGUGUCACCACAACGUCUAUUUUACCCUUUUAUUUUUACAUUAGACUAUUUAUCGUUUUCAAUUGUGUUAAUGUUUUCUGAUGUUUGAUGACCUUGUGUAUCCUGAAACAAAAUAAUAAAUAGUAUUAGCAUUAUAUCAAUGUAGUAAUAAUUAUUAUUAUUAUUAUUAGUGCUCCAGAAAUUCCAAAGGGACAAACAGAGCAAUGUACUCUCGUUGUUGUAAAAAUAUAAGGGGUUACGAUUUUAAUAAACAUUAGCUUUGGCAAUCAAAAGAGCUAUGCAUUUUCCGCUGGCUCCUCUGGAUGUGUGAUUAUUAGAUAUAUGAAGGAUUUCUCAGGGUUAUAUAUUGUUCUUCAAAGUUGCAUCAUAGAUGAAAAGAGUUUAGUUUGAUUUUUUUGAUUUUUUUUUAAGAAAGUAUGUUGUGUUAUUCGUGUUGUUCGAUUAUAUUUUGGAAAAUAAAAUACAAGGGAGUCUU